CGUACAAGGCAGCUGAUAUAUUGUGACUUGACUAUCAACAUCCACAAUACAAUGACGACGGACAUUGUAAAUCUGUGUGAUAAUGGCGCGCAUUUGCCAUUUGGAGAGACUGGUUCGGGUAACUAUGGCAUGAAUCUCGGGUCCCUAGACGGGAAAUACACAAUUUUGUUACGAACGGAUGAAUUCCUUAAGCUGUCCAAGAUGGUUCCCUUUCCAAAUAAGGCCUCCGUGUACAACAUCGGCGACUACGGAACUGCUGAUGGUGCAGCCUCCAUGAGGCUCCUGGGGAAACUGAUCGAGAGUCUGAGAGAGCACCAUGGCCAUGACGUGCAGUUCCAGGUCAUCUAUGAAGACCAAGAGAUCAACGACUUUAACUCUUUGUUCAGACGGCUCUCUGGUCUAAUCCCCAAGCCGCCAUCCUACCUCCAGGAUCUCGAGAACGUCUUUGCUUUGGCUUCAGGAACCCAUUUUUAUAAGCAGUGUGUCCCUGCUGACUCAAUGCACAUAAUACUAUGCAUGGCAGCUGUACAUUGGCUUUCUGGAAAGCCCCCUGUUAACAAAGACUUCAUCUACUGCUUCCCAGAGACAGAAGCUGAUGUGAGGCAAAGUUUUGAGAAACAGGCGUCAGAAGACUGGGAGAAGUUUCUGACCAUCAGGAGUCGCGAGCUGAAGAAAGGGGGCCUGCUGGUUGUAUCUGCACCAAGUGAUAACCCCACCUCAACAGGAGGGAUGAAAUUGUGCAAUGAAAACUAUUUACACAUGUUGAAUUCCACGUGGAAGGAGUUCUGUGAUAAUGGCAGGAUUUCAAAAUCUGAAUUCGUGAAUACGAAUCUGGCAUGCUUUCAUAAAGGUUUAAGUUUGCUGAAAGCUCCUUUUGAGAAUACCAGUUCCAAUGUAUCUCGGUCAGGAUUGCGUUUAUUAUCAGCUGAUGUUGUCACCCUUCCUUGUGAAGUUUACAACGAAUGGAAACAAAGGAAGGAAGACGAGGGCGUCGAUGACAGGGCUGGAUAUGCAAGAAGGUUUGUGUCAGCCCAUCGGUGUUGGAGCAACAGUGCCUUCUUGGCAGGACUUUCUGGUACCAGGAGUAAGGAGGAGAAAGAAGUAAUUGUCAGUGAGUUAUACGGUCGUGUAGAGAGCAUUGUUGGAAAGAUGAAUCCAGAAUUACUCAAGGAUGAUUAUACAUUUUCCUUUGUGUUCAUUACCAAAGAUUAGGUACGGCCGUCCAACAACGUUUCUGUUCGGUUAGAUUAUGGUAAUUGUACAGGUAUCCUUCCCAUAUUU